UUCCACGACGAUGGAUUUUGCAGUGGGUGGUGGUCCAGCAAGAUGUGAGGGAUGACCCACUUACUCCCAACUCAAUCCAGCGUCUCCGUGAUAUCCAACUGGAGCUUCACCUUAUCCAAUCACACCCCAGGCUGCGAUUCUGUGCCUACGCCAUCUGCCACUGCUGCUCUCAGUCCUACUCUUGCUUAUAAUCUCCUCUCUUCCUCUCUCUACUAAUCAAGCUGUUUCUUUGCGUUCACGUUCAUCGUUGCCUUCCCUUGCUUGUCUAGACACAUCUGCUGCAGCCAUGGCCGCUGCUACCGCUAUGCACUCCACAGCCUUGGCUGGACAGUCUCUGCUCAAGCCCGUGAACGAGCUCUCCCGCAAGGUGGGCAAUGUCGAGGCCCGUGUCUCCAUGAGGAAGUCCGCCAGCAAGUCCGCUGCCAGCGACAGCAUCUGGUAUGGCGCAGACCGACCCAAAUACUUGGGCCCCUUCUCUGGCGAAACCCCCUCUUACUUGAACGGUGAGUUCGCUGGUGACUACGGCUGGGACACCGCUGGACUCUCUUCCGACCCCGAGACCUUUGCCCGCAACAGGGAGCUCGAGGUUAUCCACGCUCGCUGGGCCAUGCUCGGAGCUCUCGGUUGUGUGACCCCUGAGCUUUUGGCCAAGAGCGGUGUGAAGUUCGGUGAGGCCGUAUGGUUCAAGGCCGGAGCCCAGAUCUUCAGUGAGGGAGGCCUGGACUACUUGGGCAAUCCCAGCCUUGUGCACGCACAGAGCAUCUUGGCUAUCUGGGCCUCCCAGGUUAUCCUUAUGGGAGCCGUCGAGGGCUACCGUGUUGCCGGUGGACCUUUGGGUGAUGUGACCGACCCCAUCUACCCCGGAGGCUCCUUCGACCCCUUGGGUCUGGCUGAUGACCCCGACACCUUCGCUGAGUUGAAGGUGAAGGAGAUCAAGAACGGUCGACUUGCCAUGUUCUCCAUGUUCGGUUUCUUCGUCCAAGCUAUUGUCACCGGAAAGGGACCACUGGAGAACUUGAACGACCACCUUGCUGACCCAGUUGCCAACAACGCGUGGGCUUACGCCACCAACUUCGUUCCCGGCAACUAGAUUGAGAAUUUGGUGAAAUGACAUUCAUUGAUAGGACGCCUUGGAACUGCAUAAUCCUGCCUCUGGGAUUAAAUUUUGUAAACACCCGGCUGUUAUCAUAUAUAUAUAUAUAUAUAUAUAUAUAUAUAUUUCAGAAUGACUUUUAACUUCCGAGUCACUAUUUGGUUUCA